GCUUAAGUUUGUUUAAGCGUGGUUUAUUUCUUAAGAAUAGUGUUAAUUCAUAUUCAUCCAUUAUCAACCUUUAUAUUUUACUACAGCUUUGUACGUAAUUAUCAUGUCUAAAAUAUUGCAACUGUAUCUGCUAUCAAGCACUACGAAUUGAUUACUUAUGUAAUGGGCAGAUGGCCGGGAUAAAUGCCCCCUAGCCAUCGGUCCAGUCACGUGACUUCUUAUCUCGGAUGGUUCUUGGACAGCUACAGCACCAGCUAUUAUCAAUUCCUUACAAUCUUGCGGAUUUAAUCUAUUUGACAACCCAUCGACGAUUUUUAUGUUUGGAAACUAAUUCUCUGAAUAAUUAUAUUCAAGAAGACGUGAACAUUUUGUGUAAAAUUUACAUUCUGUGUUCCGGAGAUCGAACAAUUUCUUGUGUAGUGAAUCUUGUGACGAUGGCACCAAAACGUUCAACGAAGAGACAAAAAACAACGGGUAAUGCUCUGGAUAUGAGUAAUUAUCUUAAUUGGCCGGCAUCGACUCUGCGAGAAAAACUCACGGAAGCUAACAUCAACGCCUCCCCGAGUUUUCCCCUCUCGGUACUUCGUAAACUUUACGCUGAUAACAUUAUCGAUUCCAACGCUGAUUCCAGUUCCAGUUCGUUAAAUCAACAAACUUCUGUUCAAGAUACAGAGAACGUGCCCUCAAACAGUGUUAUUUCGUCUGAAAGCAUCAAUUCCAAUAACCUUGCGACUAGCAGCGACGCUCCGACCCGUGCGACUUCACCAAGUACGACCUGUCUAAACACAACCGGAUCCGAAUCUCCCAUUGUUGUACAAUCUCUGAUGAAUACUGUUCAAAGUCUUCAAACGAUGGUCAGCAGUUUAGCAACUAUGGUAUCAGCGAAGGAAUCCAAUCCAACCGCCCAAUACAGCCUUCAGAAUUAUUACCAAUCGACAGAGACGACUUGCUCACCUUCUACUUCGAGGAAAUUCGGAACAAAUCCCGAAGAUCUACCCCAAAUGGACCUCAUUUCCCCUUCGUUAAGGAAAAACAUAGUCGAAGAUGGCCAAAUUCAGAUGCCUAGCUCCCACUGCAGACAGCCAAUCUCAGCCCUGCCCUCCCAUGGAGAAAGUUCUUUGGAAACUUCCAGUAGGAUAAGUGCACUAAUGUCAAGCUCAGUUUCAUCUUCAACUCAAAGUGUCUACCAUUCAGGACACCAGACAUACACCAAGUUCACUCAAAUGAACAAUUAUUCUCUAGUUGCCACCGAAGAUACUCUCAUGCAUUUUGCGACCUACUGCCUCGAUUCUUUGAACUUGUCUUAUCACACCAUAAAGUUAUACCUGUGUGGAAUUCGUUACUACCACUUAUUACAAGGUAUUCCUAACCCUUUCACCCUUGAAGACAAAUUACCUAGAUUGCAAAUGCUUCUCAAGGGAAUUAAACGACAACAAAAGCCUCACCGACCAAGCAGAAAACCCAUCACCACCGAAAUUUUACACGAUAUGGUAAAAUCACUUCAACAAGGAAUUUUUACACAUUAUUCCGAUAUUCUGAUGUCUACAGUGUGCGUAGUGGCGUUUUUUGGAUUCCUCAGAUGUGCGGAGUUCACCUGUAAAUCAUCAUUUGACCCCGAAUGCAACCUGUGUUUCAGUGAUCUCGCUAUGCAUGAUAACCAUGCAGUUCUUACCUUGAAACAAUCGAAAACCGAUCCAUUUCGUAAAGGAAUCGACAUCAAAUUAUUCCGUACCAAAAGUACAGUGUGUCCAAUUCAACAAUUGUCAACAUAUUUAUCCAUGAGGAAUUCAACCUUUGCUUGCAAAUCUAACGACCCAUUGUUCAUCAUGGAAAACGGUAAUGCUCUGACCAGAUCUCGAUUCCUUGAAAUGCUCAAACAGCUCCUACAUUGUGCGGGACAUUCAGAAAGUGGUAUUACCGGUCACUCCUUCCGUAUAGGUGCUGCCACGUCCGCAGCCAAGGCACGCAUCGAAGACCACCUCAUCAAAUCAAUGGGUCGUUGGUCUUCAGACUCGUACUUAAGAUACAUCAGAACAGCCGAUUCUACGAUUCAACACGCCCAGCUAUCCAUGCUUCAUUCGCAGUGACUUCGUUAACAUGCAAACUUGAACUUAAUUCCGAAACCCUUUGCGAAGUUUCAUUUAUUUCUUUAUUCUACUGCUAAGACUCACAUCCAUGUAAAUAGAU